CCAUAUUCAUUUGCAGUAACAUCUGUGUGCAGAAGGUUAAAACCUUUUGCUGCACAUCGUCAUCGCGUCGUCCUCGCUAUUUGAGGAACCCACGCAGUGAACGAGCGGUGAUCAGCGGGCAAAUAUGACAUCGAUAUCGAUAUCCUCGUAGAAUACCGACAAAUAACGAGGAUGCAAAAGAAAUCCGAAGCCACAUGGACGAGCGCCCAGUAACCUAAACAAAAACCGCAGAUUCGCCGCCAUCCCGACGAUAGUCUGUGUGCAUCUGAGCCGCAGCAGCAUCACCGUGAACACACCCGCUGCUGUGUCGUGUCGUCAAUCGAAACUGUACUUGCCACGUUCUCUUCCUUUCCUUUCUCUCUUCUUGCUGUCUUUUUUGGCUUUUAUUCUUUUCGUUAUAUUCGUUUGUCUACUUGUUUGUUCUUGUUCUUGCUCUUUUUUUGGUCAUUCUCGCGUUCUCUCUAUCCUUCCCCGGAAAUGAUCGUCCAAGGUUCGUUCGUGGCGAUGGCCUUGGCCGUCAACGUUCUCUUCCUCCUCGCGCUCAUCUACUCCGUCCUCGGAACCCCGGACGGUCUGCCCACAGAUGACCUCAUCAGAUUAUCUAAUCCUGAAGUCAAGCAACCCGUGCUGCCAGUCACAGUCACAGUCAUUCCCGAAGCGAUUACUGAGACUGUUCUCGCGACCGUUGUGCAAGUAUCGACUGCCACCGUCGUAACCACCGCCAUCGUCACUCCAUCUGCGGCCGCCGAUGCCGAUGACGAAGAGGAUGUCUCCCCUGCCGCGAUCGCAAAGGCCAGGCUGAAGUCCAAAACCUACAUGCCCAAGCAGUGUGACGAUCCGUUCCGGAGACCGGGCUACCUGCAAAUCCCGAAAGAACAGUCAGCUCUCUUGGAGGCUCGAUACGUUCCCUACUAUGACGAGAUCCUCGAGCUACCGCAGGUCCAGGACGCCGUCGAUAGAGAACACGCCGUGCACCUGUUUGACGACAAGCCGGUCGAAGAUGCCGUCAUGGGAACAGCUCCCAUCAACUGGAUCUCGAUGCUGAAAGAGCAUCUCUUUUACAUCAAAGUCGGGCGCAAGAACGCGCGCGCAAAGACCCUCGAGCGUCAACUUUCCUGGAUCCGCAACCGACGCAUUCUCAUGGCUGCCGACUCGAUCGACCGGUUUAUGGCGCAGCAUUUUUGCACGGCUCUCGACCACAAGUUCGUCAUUGGUCCCGACGGCAAGCACACGACCGCCUGGUGCACGAUCCCGAGUCUCAACUUUACAAUCUACCACUGGCAUAUCUCCUCCAUGUUUUCAAACCGGCCUGGUUGGUGGGCCAUGGACCAGAUGAAGCGCGUCUCGUUCGAGGACCGCAUCGAAAACGUCUACUCGCGCUAUAUCAAAGACGUCAACGGCAUGAACGGUAAAACUCCCGACCUCAUCCUCUACCAAUCUAACCUCUGGGACGUCCGUGGCUACGCCAAGAGCGACGAGUACAAGGAAGGUAUCGAAACUCCAAACACCUAUCUCCGCCGGCAGACGACCUGGAGCGAGCUCAAGUUUUUCAUGAACCGACAAGUGCAGUUUAUCGAAUACCUGCGCAAGUUCUUCUCGCCCGAUGUGCCAAUGAUGAUGCGCUCCGUCAUCCCGCACCGCGAUCAGGGCAAAUCCGACAUCUCACUCUACGAAAUCGACCGCAUGGCUCGCUUCGUCGCCUACAAUCUCGGCAACGAAGUUUUCGAAUGGAGUCACACCGUCCCUGGUUUCCCGGAGAUCUACAGAGAUGACAUGCACGUCAAUGUAAGCGCCCAGAGUACCGUCUACAGCGACAUGUUGCUCUACUACCUCUUCCGCGCCGUCGGCGGUGCUCAAGUCCGCGGCAAGGUCACAAGAUGGCCUAGCGAGUCAACACUCAGCCAGGCAGAGGCCUGGGAAGAAUGCCAUCCUUAUGAUUUCUUGACGACCCGAUGAGCAAGCCAUAGAAAUUUCUUUCUUUUCCGUUUCACUGUUUAUAUUUUUUUGGGCAGGAGUUGUGACAUUACUUCAUCUUUCUUUUUUCUCUGUGCACUGUAUAAGUGAUCAUUUUUGAUACAUCUUUUGGAACUCCAAACUCCUUAGCGCGACUAUCGUACAUGUCUUCUUUUUGGUUUUUGAUUAUUUGAUGACGUUUUGUGGAAAAGGCAUUAUAGAUUUCAAUGAAACGAUUACGUGUGAAUAAAUAUCAUUGCUAGUUUAUGAUAAUCGUAUAGGAUGAAACGGGAAAAGUACAAAGACGCGAAGCGAGAAACCCGACGCCUCAACUUCCCUCGCUGUCGUUCAAGCAUCGUUCAAGCGUCGUGCAGUCAUUGUGCUAUUGUCGUAC